AUGAACGCGAUGAUCGACGACGACACCGUGCAGCUCGUCCAGAGUGCCGAGCUAGCCGUGAGGAUCGGGCCUGACGAGACUGUUAUCCAUGCUAGCGCCGACAAUGGGCCGGGGAAGGAAGAGCACUGGAAGAGUGAAUCGUAUCUGGGAAGCGGCGGUGUUGGCUUGGUUUUCCGAGAGAAGUGCAUUGUGGGACCGUCCUUCGGUCAACUGCGAGCCGUCAAGGAAAUCCCGCGACCUAGGACCAAGAAGGACAUUGAUGUGGAUAUCAUGAUUGAGCUGAAGGGACUAACUAUCCUUUCUCAGCCCCAGUACGAGGCAUACUUUGUAAAGACACUGGGUUGGUACCAGACGCCGUCCAAGGUGUUUGUGGCCAUGGAGUUCCUUCCGCAUGGAAAUCUGCAUUCGCAUUUAAUGGAUCAAGGGCCCAUACCAGAAGCCCAGGCGAGGCUCGUCAUUCGACAGGUGUUCCGCGGGCUAGCAUAUAUACAUCAACAUAAUCUGGCGCAUCGCGGGCUGAAACCAUCGAAUCUUCUCAUCCGAACUCAACCUCCCGGGAACGAGUGGUGGAUAAAGAUUGGCGACUUUGGAAUUAGCAAGCGACCCAAACGUACCAUCAGCAUGUCCUUGGCGGCCGGCGACACAAUAGGCUUUAUGGCGCCCGAGAUUCUCGGUCUUUCUGGUAUAACUGAUGAUCUUGCGCCCGACAUCGCAGCUCAAAAGGGUGACAUGUGGGCGGCCGGGGAAACACUCCAUUUCAUGCUAACAUGCGCACACUCUUUCGGCGAGGACCUCGAAGCACUUCGCGAAUACUCCAAUGAUGGUCGAUCAUUCCCCAACGAGAGGCUCCAAGGCCAAGGGGUAUCGUCCCCAUGUGUCUCCCUAGUGCAAGACCUCAUGUGCUCUCAUCCGAAGCUCCGUCCCGAUGCUGAACAGUCCCUCGACCACGUUUGGUCUCGCAUGAUAAAUCACUACUCAACGUCCUACUCACGAAUAUCCAGUCAAAUCCGCUGCCGUGGACUGGAAGCGCCGUCGGUUACUUUCUCUCGUGACGGAGAGCGUCUUCUCGUAGUUUCUCCCGAGAAACUGUACUUGAUCGAGUCCAACAGCGGAAGCGUGAUCAAAAGCUACGAAGCUUCGGAUCGGACAUUUGCGAGCGCGGCAAUAUCUCCCGACGAUAAGUUCAUCAUGGUGCUGGAGGAUAGUGGUCGCCUCAGUCGAUUCGAUGCGAAGAAGUUGAAGCUUCUUGAAGAGAGGGGGCCGUUUGGCAAGAUGCCAGCUGGCGACUGCUUUGUAUUGUACUCACAUGACGGGCAUUGUGUGGCAACUGCACAUACCGGCAACUUCGUUAUAUGGAGACUGAAGGGAUCUGCUUUGCCGACAGCUGGUACUUGGCGAACAGGCAACUUCACCGUCCGAUCUAUGGCUUUCACCACGGACGAUAAGAACAUUGUGCUGGCGCUCGACAGAGCUGUGCAUAUCAUACCACUAGAACCCGCCAUCACUGGCACCGGCUAUACUCGGGGAGAGGAGAUGAUCAAGUACCCGGUCUUUGGGCCCGUCACUGCUGUCUCCCCGGACGGGGCUGAUUAUGCACACUGCGACUCGGAUUACAUCUAUCUUUGGCGGGACAACGCCCGAUGUUGGCGCCGGCAAUACUAUCACUCCGUGCCCACCUCUGCGGCUUCGUACUCUGCGUCUGGAGCAACCAUCGCGACAAUUGACAGCCGAGGAGGAGUCACGCUAUGGCGAGCCCGGAGCAUGAGCGAGGUAGGAUGCAUGAAGUUUCCGGAGGAGAUGGUGGCUAGAGUUGCAGUCUCACCACCACUAGGGAAGUAUAUCGCGUUAGGGUUAAUGGAUCAAAAAGGCCCCAGAGUUGUUGUUCGGGAAAUCCUCAGCUUCGUACCGUCGGAUUAG